AUGGACAAUGAGGCCAUGACGUCGCUGCUGCAAGGUCGCGACGCUCAUGCUGCCACGUCGUCUCGCUUUGAUGCUUCUACUUUGCCAUUUUCCCUCAACUACAUGGACCAAGCGGUCAUUCGGGCACUCCCGAAUGCAAACAAGGUACUAGCUCUUCUGCACACGAUUUAUGGUCUCUGCCAACAAGUUCAAGACCGACCUCAAGCCUGUUUACAUGUCCACACGAGACUACAUCAAGCUUUUGUAACAAUCUUAAGCGCCGUCAAGCACAAAUCGCUACGCGAUGAUUUUCAUUUAUCGCAUUUUCUUGUGCUACUUUAUCAAAUUAGAGCAGUGCUGGAUCAACACUUAAAACACCCGAAUCUCGUGGCCAAAAUGGCAGCUAGUCGACGACUAUUGUCCGAAUUAGCUCGAGUACAUCGUGAGCUGAAUCUGCUACUUGAAAGCAAUGGUUUGGCUGGUGGCACUAGUCCCUUACUUGUGUGGAAGCAACAGUUUGCAGCUGACAGAGCGCAGGACGAAAAGUCGCUGCACGAUACCUUAAUGGGGCUAUUGUCGACUCCAACCUUUGUCAAUAAAGAAUUUGAUAAUGAUCGUAGUCAAGCGCUAGUGCUGUUGGAACUUGUUGCUGAAUUCGCAGCCACUGAUCCACCCAGAGGUCAUUCGUCCCAGCUUCUAGAGACACUGCGAAUGACUCAUCGACGGAUCUCUAACUUGUGUGACAUUCACCUUCGGCGAGUGCCGAGAUGGUUCUUACCGUCGUGUGAGGUAUCUUUUUCUCUUUUGAACCAUAUCAUAGGCCGCUCGCAUGGGUCUUUUGGGUCGACACUUCAUCGUGGAGAAGCCUAUCGAUAUGAUUAUGAUCGUCAAGGAACUUUAGUUAGCAGUGCCACAUAUACUGUCGCUGUCAAGUGUCUAUGGGCACUCCCUGAUGUCCAGUAUCACAUUGUAGAGCAGCUUUUUUCACGUAGUGGAGUGUCUAAGUGGACGCGAGUUCGACAUCCAAAUGUGGUGACGGUACGAGGAGCUUCACAUGCUGCGACUCCGCCAUAUCUGGUACGAGACUUUACAACUUAUGGUGGAUUGACCUCAUAUCUUGAAGCACUGGAAACAAGAGCGAAGCAAUGUACUAAAUUAGAGUAUUCUGAGAAGCUGGAGACGUUAACGUGGCAACUUCUUUAUGGUGCCAGUCGUGGGCUUCUACAUUUACACGAAGAACACAAUAUUGUACAUGGUGGAUUACGUUGCAACAAUAUUCUUGUUGACAAAAAAGGUCGGGCUGUUAUUGCUGACUUUGGAUUGUACACGCUGGCCUGCGACGCGCGCGAUUCGGAAUUGACGGAAUAUUUUCAACUUGAUGUAUUUGAUGCGGAAGCUGAGGAAUUGAUUCGAUGGCAAGCACCAGAAUGCUUACGAGAGCAUGUGGCGUAUCGUAAGUCUCAGCAAUCGCUAUCGAAGGCUGACUUGCCAGUAGCUUUGAACGAUGCAAGUGCCUCUGCCACUUCGUUUGCCACCGAUGUGUAUGCUUUCGGCAUGUGCAUUCUGGAAGCGCUGACUCGCACUGUUCCAUGGGCAGGCUUAGAUAUAGCGAAGAUUCGCACUCUGAAGGGGAACCUCAAUCUUCUACCGCCUCGACCAACACAUAUAUCCACUCGUGCGUGGACGCUCAUUGAAAAUAUGUGUGCAGCUGAUCCAAAGCAUCGAAUUACGCUAAGUGAGGCUUCUCAAGAGUUGAAACGACUUGGCUAUGGAAAUCGAGCCGUGGCCCGAUCGCACGAGAGUAGCUUAAACGAUUUACAGGGUCUCCCAGUUCCCAGGUUGAAUCAAGUAGCCGAUGCAUUGAUUAAAGUAAAUCGAGAACUUCAACUCUUAGGUGACGUAACUCAAUCGUGUGAUAGUGAUAAAAUUGGUCCAAACAUCGAUGACGCUGUUAGUAUAAAGCAUGCAAGCACAUUGCUUGAUGAAGUAUCACAAGAGCUUAAGGGUACAUUGGUCGAGUCUUGCAACGAAAGUGAUGUUGACUUGGAAGAACUUGAAGAACAGACAUCUCAGAAGCUUGAUCAAAUGUCAAGUUUUCUUCAUAUUGUGUCUCAAGAGCUAACGCGACCUGGUAUGAAUGAUAAAAGAUCCAGCGACUCACGCGGAGGUAACACUUUCAAGGUCGUUUCAAUGGUACAAGAAACUCUGGCCGAAUUGUCCAUUUUGGCAUGUAAUAGUGAAAAGCUUUUGGCGACUUCAACGGCAUUGACUACCGCCAAGCAUUUUGAUAGUUUAUCUUCCGCUCGAGAUUCAUUUGUCGAGGAAGUGGUUGGUCUUGAUCUUCCAGCAUCAAGUGAUGUAAGAAUGAUAGAACAGACGAGUCGACGGGUAGAGAAAAUUGUGUCAGCCUCGAGAGACUGUCACCCAGAUAUGAUCUGCGAACAAAAAAACUCAAUUGUGGGUGGUGAGAAAUUAAGCAACAUUUGGGAUUUAUCACGAGAAAAAUUGAAGGCGACGAAACAUCCAUCUUACGAUAUCGUUAGUUCUUUGCAUUGUGCACUUGAUCAAGGCGAUGUGAUUUACAGCAGAGAUGACAGAUUAAGUCAGAAAUUACGCGGAGAUGAUAAAUCAGAACUUUCUACGGUCAAAGUUAGCAGCAACCGCUCUCUCGACGAACAGCCAGAGCAAGAAUUGGACAACGACGCCGUUAGCCUUGAAACAGGCAAUGUCAUUGAAAUUAUCCAUAAUCUCUUAAGCAGUGACGAGAGAGAUUCCGACUGUGAGUUACACAGUGAAAUUGCUAUCGAUGAAAACGCGUUAUCGAUUGUUCCUGCCGAAUUUAAGACCGCUUUAAUCUAUGACGGAGAUAUCGACCCAACGGCACCACAUUACUCAACCAUGCUGCUUCUUGAGCGUCUUCGGACAGAGAAGCCAGAUGAAACUAGCUUUGUUGACACGUUGGUGGCCUUAAAAGAUGCUCUAGAGCUCUCGACUGCGUCGAUAUUUGUAGAGCGCGAGGGUCUUCUGACAUUAAUGGAGCUGGUAUGGAGAAAUUACGACGAAAGAUGCACAAUGUGCGCUCUGGAGCUUUUAAAGCUUAUUGCUGGCUUUGGAGUCGACUUUGUAAUUAUACUUAUCCAAUCAAAGCUUGUUAAGAUUCUUCUUGCUGUGAUAAAGCAUCGAUUGUCUCCCCAACAGGUAGAAUUUGCUGCCUCGUUUCUGCUUGAGAUCCUCAUUGAGAAUGACGAAGCGAAAAGACAGUUGUGGACAUGCUGCGGUGUUGAUGUGAUGGAAAAUAGCACCGUGAUAAAUCGACGUUUAGUACAGGAAGUGAAGGGUACAAUGGCCAAAUUUAAGCGGAAUGAAGGCAUUAAGUGUCUGGAGAAUGGUGAGUUUCAUCGUGCAAUUGACGAGUUUACGGAAGCGAUUUCACUGGAUCGCAAGCGUGCCGGAUACUACGCAGACCGAAGCUCGGCGUACAUGGAAGCAAUGAUGUUCGAAAAAGCAGCUGAUGACGCUUUCCGCUGCGUGCGAUAUAAUCCGUACGAUGUCACGGGAUACUUGCAGCAUGGACUAGCGCUCAAGGCGUUGGGCAAGUACAAGGAAGCAAUUGCGUCGCUGCGAAAGGGAUUACAGGUCGAUCCAAAGUUUACGAAGAUUCGUGGCAUUAUCAAUGAAACGGAAAACCUUUUAAAAAAAAGAUUAAAAGGAAAAAAUGCUACGACUGUGCUACGCCAAAUGACGGCUGUCGAGUUCGCGAAAUUAAAGCAAAAGGAUGGCGAUGAUGCACUUCGUAAGAAGGAUUUUAGAUUUGCGAUCGAAUGCUACACCAAAGCACUUGAACUCAGCCCAAAGAACGACUGGAUCUACCUUCAUCGAAGCAUUGCUUACGCUGCCUGUGGAGAUCAUUCCAAGGCUAUCGAAGAUGCAUCCAAGUGCAUCCGGAUCAACUACCGUCAGGUAGAGGGAUACUAUCGUCUAGCGUUGGUGUUACACGCUUCUGGUCAACACGACCAGGCGCUAAACACAUUGUAUCGAGGGCAGGAAGUGGACUCUCGACACGCUGGCAUUACUCGUUUUAUCAGCCAGCUUGAAUCUGAAGAAGCAAAGGCAGCACAACUGCCAUUAGCCGAGUGGUUUAAGCUGAAAGGCUAUCGAGCGUUUCAGCUUCGUUCGUAUGAAGACGCUAUCAAGUUUUACACAAAGGCGAUCAACGCGUCCCAGUCCGAUGACGACGAGGUCGUGAUGCACUGUUAUUUGUACAGGUCGCGAGCUAACCAGACGCGAGGCGAAUUUGCUGCUGUGAUUGCUGACUGCACGUAUGUGUUAGAUCGUCGUCCUGGAAACGUGUUUGCCCGGCUUCGACGAGCAGAUGCGUACGAGCAGCAGCGCGACUUUCACAUGGCGCUUGAAGAUAUCCGGAAGCUGGUGGCAUUCAAUCCAAAUUACAAAGAUGCUCAGGCUCGUCUUUGCGUAUUAGAGCAUCGUUGUAGACUCCUGCCUGGAUUUUCAGAACAAAAGAUUGCUAUUGAGUCAGACUUAAUAACCACGACGCAGACGGACUAG